CAAGCAGCCAUUCUGGUCCGAGCCACCGGCCUCAGCGCAGGGCCCCGCCACCCGGGCCCCCGCCGCCUCCCGUCGGCCCGCCGCGGCCCGCCGCGGCGCCCGGCGCCCGGCGCCCGGCGAUGCAGCAGCGCGACGCCGUGGAGGAGAUCGCCCGCCAGCAGUCGCCCGCGGGCAUCCUCGCCCGCGUCGUGGCGCGCAGCAAGGGCCUCCCGAUGCCGCCCAUGUCCGCCCGGCGCGCCGUGCUGAACGAGAGCAGCGGCCAGGGCUGGACGAUGUGGGCGGACUGCUACACGCCCCAGAGCGGCAACCCCUUCUGGAGCGUCGUCGUGCCCACCGGCGUGCCCGUCGCCAUGUGCAUCGCGAUCUGCCGCUUCUGGAAGUGAUCGGGGGCGCCCGCGCGCGCUGCAGCGGACGGGCAGGACGACGACGACAACACCCGCCUGCUCCGCUCUGCCGCGGCCGCGGCUCGCCGACCCGUGCCGAGGCCGAGGCCUCCCCGAGACCGCGCAGCUCGAUUUGUGACCCGCU